CGGGGGUGAGAGGAGGGGCGUGGGAGAGCCAGCAGGGACCCGCUCGUGGGACCGCUUCCCCGAGAAGCGAGCGCUUGGCGCUGCCACUGGGAAGCGGAUGAGCAGGCUCAGGCACCUCCCCAGCGGCUCCUGCAGUGAUAAAACUUGAGAAAUAACAAGGAGGGGCGACUCGGCGUCUCUUGGGUCCAAUCCCGUCUCAGAAACUAACAGGCUCCCAGGAAACUAAGGCUGAGAGAGGCUGAGGUGACCGACAUACCUCCUGCACUGCUGCACCUUCCAGGGCUCUGGCUCUCGGCUUUCCGACCCGCGCUGGGAUGGCAGGCGCGGGAUCUCUGAGCUCCCUGCGCGGAGCCCUCUGCAGCCUGCUGCUGACCCUCGUGGUCUUCGGUUUUGCUUGUGAAGCCUGCCAAAAGGUGAUAUUUAAUAUACCUUCUAAACUAGAGGCAGACAAAAUGGUUGGCAGAGUUAAUUUGCAAGAGUGCCUCAUGUCUGCAGACCUCAUCCAGUCAAGUGACCCUGAUUUCAGAGUUCUAGGUGACGGGUCAGUAUACACAGCCAGCGCUGUCGUGUUAUCUGAUGAGAAAAGGUCAUUCACCAUUCGGCUUUCUGACACGAGGAAACAGACCCAGAAGGAGAUUCCUGUGCUCCUGGAACAUCAGAAGGUACCGAGGAAGAGACACACUAGAGAAACGGUUCUCCGGCGUUCCAAGAGGAGAUGGGCACCUAUUCCCUGCUCAAUGCAAGAGAAUUCCUUGGGCCCUUUCCCUUUGUUUCUGCAACAAGUUCAGUCUGAUGCAGCACAGAACUAUACCGUCUUCUAUUCAAUAAGUGGACGUGGAGUUGACCAAGAACCUUUAAAUUUGUUUUUCAUAGAAAAAGACACUGGAAAUCUGUAUUGUACUAAGUCUGUGGAUCGUGAAGAAUAUGAUGUUUUUGAUUUGAUUGCCUACGCGACAACUGCAGAUGGCUAUUCAGCAGACUUACCUCUUCCCCUGCCCAUCAGAGUGGAGGAUGAGAAUGACAACCACCCUAUUUUCACAGAACAAAUUUAUAAUUUUGAAAUUCCAGAAAGUAGUAGACUUGGUACCACAGUGGGGGUGGUGUGUGCCACAGACAAAGAUGAACCAGACACGAUGCACACGCGCCUGAAGUACAGCAUUUUGGAGCAGAUGCCCAGGUCGCCCGGGCUCUUUUCCAUGCAUCCCACCUCAGGCACAAUCACCAUGGUCUCUCAGUAUUUGGACAGAGAGGUUGUAGACAAGUACAAAUUGAUACUUAAAGUGCAAGACAUGGAUGGUCAAUUUUUUGGAUUGAUGACUACAUCGACUUGUCUUAUAACAGUAACAGAUUCAAAUGACAAUGCACCUACUUUCUUGCAAAAUGUCUAUGCAGUAUCGGUAGAAGAAAACACAUACAAUGUGGAAAUCUUACGACUACCUAUACAAGAUAAGGAUUUAAUUAAGAGUGCCAAUUGGAGAGCCAAUUUUACCAUUUUAAAGGGCAAUGAAAAUGGACAUUUCAAAAUCAGUACAGAUGAAAAAACUAAUGAAGGUGUUCUGUGUAUUGUAAAGCCACUGAAUUAUGAAGAAACCCCACAAGUGGUCCUGGAAAUUGGAGUAAGCAAUGAAGCUCCUUUUACUAAAGAUGUUUCCCUCAGGGAAACCACAAACAGAGCUUUGGUCACAGUUCAAGUGAAGGACCAGGAUGAAGGGCCCGAGUGCAGCCCAGCAGCCCAAUAUGUACGGAUCAAAGAGAAUUCAGCCAAGGGGACCAGCACCAGUGGCUAUAGGGCAUAUGACCCUGAAACUAAAAGUAGCACUGGUAUCAGGUACAAAAAAUUGCAUGAUCCUGAACAAUGGAUCACCAUUGAUGAAAACUCAGGGUCAAUCAGAACUUCCAAAGUUCUGGACAGGGAGGCUGUAACUCCCAGAAAGGACUUAUAUAAUGUUACGGUCAUGGCAAUAGACACAGAUGGUAGAUCGUGUACUGGAACCCUUGUAGUUAACAUUGAAGAUGUGAAUGAUAAUCCACCAGAAAUGGUUCAAAAUGAUGUAGUAAUUUGCAAACCAAAGAUGGAAUAUACUGACAUUUCAGCUUUUGAUCCUGAUGACUCUAUCCAUGGUCCUCCAUUUCAGUUCAGCUUGGCAAACCCUUCUUCAGAAAUCAGCAGAAUAUGGGCCCUCUCCACAGUUAAUGAUACAGCUGCCCGUCUUUCAUAUAACAAAAAUGCUGCACUUGACGUAUAUUAUAUUCCUAUUACUGUAAGAGACAGAGAAGGUCAAUCUGCAACAAAAACCUUGACAGUUAAUCUGUGUGCUUGCACUCAUCCAAGUCAAUGCGCGAAGACUCAAAGAAGUGCAGGAGUAUCACUUGGGAAAUGGGCGAUCCUGGCUAUACUACUGGGUAUAGCAUUACUUUUCUCUGUAUUGCUAACUUUAGUGUGUGGAAUUGUUGGUGCCAGAAAAAAAGGUUUUCCGGAAGAUUUGGCACAGCAAAAUUUAAUUAUAUCAAACACAGAAGCACCUGGAGACGAUAAGGUGUGUUCUGCUAAUGGGUUUACCACCCAGACAGUCAACAACUCUAACCAUGGCCUUUGUGGUACUAUGGGGUCAGGAGUCAAAAACGGAGGGCUGGAAGCCAUUGAAAUGGUGAAAGGAGGACACCACACCUUAGAAUCGGGCCGGAGUCACCAUCACACCCUGGAUUCCUGCAGGGGAGGACACAUGGAAAUGGAAAACUCCAGACACACCUACUCAGAGUGGCAUAAUUUCACUCAGCCUCAUCUUCAUGAAAAAUUGCACCAAUAUAAUAAGAAUGAAGACCACCUCUCAUCUAAAGAUUAUGUCCUUACGUAUAACUAUGAAGGAAGAGGAUCUCCAGUUGGUUCUGUAGGUUGCUGCAGUGAAAAACAGGAAGAAGAAGGUCUUGACUUUUUAAAUAAUUUGGAAGCUAAAUUUACUACAUUAGCAGAAACAUGUACAAAAAGAUAAAUAUUACAAUGCUACAAUUAGACAUGAUUUUGUCUAAUAUUUCUGGAUAUUUCCAAAGGGGUUACUGUAAAAUUUGAUUUCAGUUUCUAAAUAUGAAUCUAUAUCUGAAUUCAUAUCUGGGCUGAAAUUCUGUUCUGGUUCCAGGUCUAGAUUUAAGUUGAAUAGGGUUAUUUCAAAUACUAUGGCAAUUUUUUUGGAUUUUUUUAGCCCUAAAAUAUUAGUAGUACUUAGUCAGUAGCCCCUAUGAUUUCUAGAAUUUUGUUUUCUUUCUGGUUAGCAAUAAGAUAAUGAAGAGCAGUCUUACCUGCUUGAUUGCCUUAAUAAAACAUAACUUACCCCCCAAAAAUAAAGUUCUCAAAAAUACAUAGCCACAACUUUAAACUAUGCUAGGAAAGUACAAACCAAGAAAUUGUUAGUUUUAUGCUUUUGAAGGUGUUUUCUAUGGUUUAUAAAAGAUUAUUAUGAGGAAUGUAACUUCCUUUAUUCUCAAGAAACAAAACUAUGUUUACCAUACAGAGAGGUAUUGCCAUAUUUUAGUGGAAAAUGCUAAACAUCUUUUAUUGAGAUCAUAAUCUGUAAUCUUACCUUUUUGCACCCUGAGGUUCAAGACCACUAUCAAGGACUCUUACCAGGAAUGAAAAUUAGGCUGAAAAAAAUGUUGCUUUUCUUCUCUUGAGUAUUAUACUUUUAUAUUUUUAUUUGCAAUUUUAGCACAUGUGGUUCUUAUUUCCUCUAUAGUAGCCAUUUGAAAUUAGAAUAUGUUAUCCUUAGAUGGAUUGUAGUUAUGCUUUAUAGUCUGAAAAAACAGACUCCUAUCAUAGUUAUAAGUAGCAAUGAGGGAUAAGCAUUCAUUUUCAUUCACUGCCACUUUCAAAUAAAAUACAGUACUCCCUAUUAAGGCAGGUGGAUAUUACAAAAUGCUGUAAAGAAUCAAAGGAAUAUAGGGAAACCUAACCCCUAGGUGGAAGUCAGUAUCUUGCAAGGUGUUUCUUAAAUUUAGUGCUUCCCAAAUCUGUUUAUAAUAGAGCCCCUGGAAGGCCAGCAGAAUACUUCAAAGCAAUGAAGUUAAACUUCAAAUAAUGAAUACCUAAAGUUAUGGUAAUCUAAUCACAUUGUCAUAUUCUUACUUCAAGUGAUAGUUUAAAAACUGGACUGGAAAUACAGGAGCAAAAGUAUGUUUUCUGUUGUAAUGUAAAUAAAUAAUAUAAUAAUAAUAAAAAAGAAUAAACUGUUUUGCGUACUCAAAACUGUAAACCUACUUUUGCCUACCCCUGUAUUAGGUAUCACUAACUGAAGAAAAGUUUGGAAGAAAAAUAAUUAAAAUUAUUUAAAAAAUUUGCAGUGAUGAAUUGGGACCUUUCCACACCCCUCAUUCCCCAAAUUCUUUAUUUGUAUUUGGGAACAGAAUUUGUUGAGUUAGCCCAUGAAGUGGCCGGGUUCUAUAGGCUAUAGUUUGAACUGACUAUAUAUAUGUGCAUAUGUAUAUAUACGUAUGGGGGCAAAGGGAACUUUGGGAGAAGACAAACCCAAGGAGGGUUUGGACAGGUUAGAGAUCAUCAUGAAAACUCGGGCCUUCAAGGGCAGGAAGAGAGGCCAAAAAAUGUAACACUGUUUGCUUCAUAGUUUUUCCUAGGCCAGGGCCUUCCUUUUCCGUCUUUACUCAGGCCAGUGGCAGCUGCCAUUUGGUUUUGGGGCAGGAUUAUUAACCCCUUGUCUGAGCCUCACCUUAUUUGGAGUGUGGAGUGCUGGAGAAGAGAGCUGACUACAUGAUGAUUCUGAAGGCAAUCACAGGAUGCGCCUGAGCUGGUUGUGUAGAACAAACAGGGCAUCAUCCAUGGGAAAUGCUUCAUCCUCUGUAGCCCUCUGGGCCCUAAGAUGGAAGGUCUUCAAUUAAAUGUGCUCUAAAAUUUUUAUUUGAUACUAUAUUUUUGGUUUUCUUAUUUGCUCCUGAAAUCUAGAUUUUUAGACUUACACUUUUGAACAGGUAAUUUCCUUUUAAGGUUUUCUUAUUUUUAAUGGAAACAUUGUUAACAUGUGGUAUUCUUCUUUCCUCAUAUGUGUAAGGUGAAAAUCAUGCCUUUUUAGUAUGAAAGAAAAUAUCUUUUUAAAGCUUUAAUUUUUCCAGUUUUUGAAUUUUUAAUGUAGAUGUACAGAUCAUUUUUUUCUUAUCUUUAUAAAGAAUCAGUUAACUGUAUAAAAUGCAGUGAGGUUUGUUUGAAACAUUUUUCACAGAUUUUAAUUUUGCUAUUAAGAAGUUACUUUAUUUUGAAAGAAACAAGGCAAGUUAAAAGCAAAACUCAGAUGUGUAGAAUAAUAUUUACAGAUACAGGAUAUAAAAAAACAAUGUUAAUUUGAAUCUUUGUUGUUUUCAGAAAUAAAAUUAUUCCAUGGUAAAUAUGUUAUAGAAGUACGCUUAAGACUGGCAUGGAAAUAGUGCUUCUCAGUAAUGCCUUUAUUGUAUUACUGGAGAAUAUCUUAGAGAAUGGGUAAUUAUCAAAUUGUUAACAUUAUUAAUAUAUAUUGUACUAUUUUGGGGGAUUGCUAUUUGGGGCAAAUGAUUAUCUCUACCUAUCUCUCUAUCUGUCUACCUACCUACCUACUUACCUAUCAUUUGAUUUUGUUUGAGUAAAGAAGGGCUAGAAAGUGGUUGUAAUGACAGACUGCACCAGAAAUAAAAUGCUGAUGCAGGAUUCUACUUGGAGGAGCAGGGUAGUCAAAAGGAAACAUUAGGAGUUAAAAAAGAAAGCAAGAAUGAAAGAGAAAAGAGCAAGUGAUAUUCCAACCUUGGUUCUGCACCUUACAGGAUGUGUAACUUCCAAGCUUUAAUUACAACUGAAUUACAGUGCUGUGCGCCUCACAAUGAAUCUUUUCCCCAGAUGUGUGUGUGUGCGCGCACGUGCUUACUGGCAAAUGUAAGGCUGACCAUUUCAAGAAUUUAUGAAUUGUAUCAAUAGCUCCAAAUGCUAAUAUAAUUUGAAUCACAGCUACAAUUUCAGAACUUUUAUUGUGAUCAUUAUUUUUGUGUGUAAAUAUUUGGUUUCAAGACUGUUGUUGAAUUUUUUUUUUGAAAUAAAAA